GCAUUCCAUCUAAUCUGCAACUGAUUCUGUUGGCAGUAAAUUCAGAGAAAGCACACAAGUGUCAGCAAAACACAUCAAUACAACUCAACCCGUGUUUCACUCCGUCAUCUCUUGUCUACCAUGUGUUUGUCAAAAUUUCCAAAUCGAGUAAAAACAAACACUCCCACUUCUUCUCUCUCAUCCAACCCCCACACACAACACCGCACGUAGCACAAAAGUAAAACAAACCCCAAAACUUUUUCAAUCCUUCAACAAAUUUCACCACUUUUCAAUUUUCACACACGUGGUCUCCACCAUCACGUGAAUCAUUGUCCUUAUUUUCCAAAUCACCUCAUUUUUCAAACAUCCACAACACAAUGUCUCAAAACAAUUCUGGUUCUUCUUCACUUUUUCUUCUUCUUCUAAAACAUGGGACUCUCUCCCAAACACUCUCCUCGUACUCCAACUUAUCUCUUUCCCUGUGUCAUUGCUCUCUCUUUCUUCUCACUCACUGGUCUUCUUCUCUACAAGGUGGACGACGUUGUCAGCCGAACCGGAACCGUAGUAGGUCACAACCUAGAACCAACCCCAUGGCACGUUUUCCCUACCAAACCCUUCGAGGAAGAGACUCGUCAGAGCAGAGCCUAUAAAAUCAUCCAAUGCUCCUAUCUCACAUGCCGUAACGUGGUCUCGGGUGGCAGCGCUGCCAUCGGAGAUGCAAAACCGCCGGACUGCCCGUAUUUUUUCAGGGCGAUCCGGAGAGAUCUGGAGCCGUGGAUGAGAACGAGGAUUUCGAAGGGGCAUUUGGCGGAAGCGCAAAAGUUUGCGGCUUUUAGAGUGGUGAUUGUUGGAGGGAAGAUGUUUGUUGAUUGGUAUUAUGCUUGUGUUCAGAGUAGGGCUAUGUUUACUGUUUGGGGUUUGUUGCAGCUUUUGAGGAAGUACCCUGGGUUGGUUCCUGAUGUGGAUUUGAUGUUUGAUUGUAUGGAUAAGCCUAGUAUUAAUAAAACAGAACAUGGUUCGAUGCCUUUGCCUCUCUUUCGUUAUUGUACCACAAAGGAACAUUUUGAUAUUCCUUUUCCUGAUUGGUCCUUCUGGGGAUGGUCAGAGAUAAAUAUUAAACCGUGGCAGGAAGAGUUCCCAGAUAUCAAGCAAGGUGCUCAAGCUGUAAGUUGGAAAGAUAGGAAGCGGCUAGCAUACUGGAAAGGAAAUCCUGAUGUUUUAUCUCCUGUUCGUACUGAAUUACUAAAUUGCAAUGAUUCUAGAAUGUGGGGAGCAGAAAUUUUGCGUCAGGAUUGGGUUGCAGCUGCUAAAAGUGGCUUUAAGGAAUCAAAACUUUCAAAACAGUGUAAUCAUAGGUAUAAGAUCUAUGCUGAAGGGUAUGCAUGGUCUGUGAGUUUGAAAUAUAUUCUCUCAUGCGGUUCUGUUCCACUAAUUAUAUCACCUCAGUAUGAAGAUUUUUUCACUCGAGGCCUUAUUCCACUUCAAAACUUUAUACCUAUUAAUCCUCUAGAUCUAUGUCCAUCUAUAAAGCGCGCCGUAGAAUGGGGAAAUAAACACCCAAGAGAGGCUGCGGCAUUGGGGAAAAAAGGGCAGGACUAUAUGGAAAGCUUAAACAUGGAUCGAGUUUAUGAUUACAUGUUCCACCUUAUCUCGGAAUACUCGAAACUUCUCGACUUCAAGCCUACUCCACCGUCAUCUGCCUUGGAAGUUUGCGCCGAAUCUGUUCUUUGCUUUGCUGAUGAGAAGCAGAGGUCAUUCCUUAAUAGAACAACGGUCUCCCCUUCACAAACACCUCCCUGUACUCUCAAGUAUGCCUAGAGUGAGUGAUCUUAUAUCCAGGAACAUAGAACCACAAUGAAUUGGCCUAUACUUGCAGCGAGUGCCAUUUUAGGUAUCAAAAGAAAAGGAGCGAUGUUGAAUGUAAAUUUAUAGUGCCUUGAGAGGUAAUUAUUUACAAAAUUUUGUGUUUGUAAUAGGUCGUCAUUAUUUAACAGAGCAUACUGUUCAAUCAUCUUCUACCUUUAGAUUACGAUAGGCAGACGUGCCUAUCCGGCUCUCAAUUCAGUUCAAAUUUAGGGGUACAUUUAAAAGUCCUAAUUGAGGCAAA